AUGGAAUUGGAAAAAUUACGUAGAAGAGGUUUUGAAGAAGAACUAACUAUGAAUGGGAUGCUAUUUGUACUCUUCCAAUAUCUUAUGAUACAUCUUGAAGAACACCAUUCAACAAUCGAAGAAUGCAGGGAUAAACUAUAUUAUUUUUUGGCACACCAAGCGAGAAAAGUAUAUUUAAAUAGUCAGUUUAAAGCUAGACUAGCAAAGUUAGACAGUAAUGGUGCAAUUUUGGUAUGUGAUUAUAAAAUGCGUAUACCUAAGAGCGCAAGAGAAACUGAAGAUCAAUUUUUUGGAAAACCUGAUCAACUUAACGUUCAAGUAUUCGAUCAUUGGAGUAUAGACACAAAACAGGAACCUUGGUUUACUAUUUCAUCAUUUGAUUCUGUUUUUGAAACUCUUAACCCUAGACCACAAUGGAUUGUAGUAGUAUCAGAUAACGGUGCUCAUUACCAUAACUCUGAAUUAAUUGCCGCUGUUGCUAACUGGUACCAAUGGUACAAUAUUGAAAUUCGUGGCUGGUAUUUCCUUGAGUCGGGAGAAGCCAAAACAAGCAUUGCACAUGCCACAAAAAGAUAUAUUCGUAUUGGACAUAAUUUAGACGAAGGAGAAAAGAUACAAACUGCAAUAGCUGAUUUAGGAGGAACUUCGGUUGCAAAUCUAGAACCUAUACGUGAUGAUCAUAAUGUUAAAACAAUUGCUGCUCAAUGCUUGCCACAUAUUGGAUCAUGGUCUCAGGUUUCACCAUUUGAAAUAUCAAAAUUAACUACAGCACCCAUAAAUAAGCCAAGCGAAGGCGAAAUUCAGGCUGAAAACGUUCCUGAAAUAACACCAGUUGCAAGUUGGAUCACACAAAAUGCAGCAAGUUUGAAAAAACAAUCAGCAAUAGAAAAAAUAGCAGAAGGAAGCAGUACCGCUAGAAAUAUCCAUAAUUUUCAAGAAAUAGCGAAAUCUAGUAUUCGUGAUGUAAAUAUUAAUAGCGAGCAGGUUCUUGUAAGCUUGUUAAAUGAAGAAGAUCCUUAUGAUUGA